CAGCCUGCAAGAAGUGCCAAAAAAAUGAUUAGCUGUGCCAGUUGCUACCCAAAAAUACAUACACAAAAAUUGAGUGAGAAAAUCCUAUAAACAACAUCCCAGUUUUUCUCUCCAUUUCAGAGAAAAACUGUGUGAUUUGGGUGAAUUUUCAGUGAAAAAACCAAGAAUGGAGAAAGCCCUUACAAAAGUUGGGAGCCUAAAAGCUAGUACAUUUUGGGUUUCAAAGAAAGCCAAAGAAGAAAUCUCCAAUAUCAGUCAAGAUCUCUCUACGUUUUCAAGCACCGUUGAAGAGAAGGCAAAAUGGAUCUUCAACAAGCUCAAAGGGAAACCGGUGAAGUCAUUGCCUGAUCUCCUACGAGAAUACAAUCUUCCUCCUGGCCUCUUUCCUCAGAACAUAACAUGUUACGAGUUUGAUGAGUUGAAGGCCAAGCUCAUCGUCUACAUGCCCCAUCCCAGUGAGAUCUGCUUCAAGGAUUCAUCUGUUGUCAGAUAUUCAACUCGUGUAAAAGGGACAUUAUCGAGGGGGAAGCUCUCUGGAAUAGAAGGAGUGAAAACUAAGGUUUUGGUUUGGGUCAAAGUUACCAGUGUCAGUGUUGAGAGCUACAAGUCGGAUAAAGUGUGGUUCAUGGCCGGAGUAAAGAAAUCGAGGGCCAAAGAUGCGUACGAAAUGCCACAUGAUGCCAUCAGAGUUGAAGAAUUUUGAGGUACAAGAUAUAAUAAUCUAUUGUUUGGGCAAUGUGUCAAUAAAUCUUUAUAUCUAUUGGCGUGAUCUCAAUUUGUUAUAAUAUUCGUUACUUUUCGGAAAAAUAUAUGUUUGCAACAUUGAUAAUGAAGGGUACAUGAUAGGGACAUCCGGUUUAUCGUAUCUAGCUCAUCUAAGUUGUAAUGAAAUCACAGGCAAUUUUUCGUUUUCUUCUAUGUUGUGAAAUGAAUCGUGCAUAUCGAGCUCAUUGAGUGAUAUAUUUGACAAGCUUUUUGUA